GUUGUACGCAAGUUCUGAGCAAUGCAUCAGCAAAUUCAGUGAACAUCCCCAGAACCCGCGCCAGAUACCUUGAUGCGCAUGCGAACCUAUUUGCAUCGUUCAGCUGUCCUAAGGGCUCCAGAUCUAAGCGGUAGACAUUGUCCGCUCCGGAACGCAAAUUAAACGCAGAACACACGGAAGCUAGAUCAAUAUGCCAGAAGAAACCUUUACAGAAAAGUGGCUUCAUUAUUCGGAAAGUCAGCCAAAGCGAAAGCGUGCAGAGCUUGUGUGCACAGCUUGUCAUUCAAAGAAGGUUAAAUGCGACUUACAAGCUCGCAAGAACGACGGCAAACAAGACUGCUCUCAUUGCAGCUCAGCAAGACGAGAUUGUCAGGUCCGCCCCUCGCGGCGAGAGAAGAGGAUAAGAGCGAACAGAGAGGGUUCUCGCAUGAGAAGUGGUCGGGAGGACGACAACAUGCCAAACGGGGUAGAUGCACUACUCGCCGCGGACGCCACUUUUCAGGCAUUGACGGAAGCUGAUCUACAGGCUGAACAUCUAGAAAUUGGUCAUCAUAACCAUAUCUCUCCAAUUUCGUUGCAAAGCAUCCACAUCCGAGACUUCCAGUCCAUUUCUUCGCCCCAAAAUGGAUUCCAAACGUUCCCGAUUCAGAGCGCAAACCGACGACUAACAAAUGCAAGCCAAACUGCGACAACACCUGCUCAGACCGACGUUGAUAGUGGAUUUCUGCAAGUUUACGGCCCAGAACAUCAAUUUGAAGCUGAUAAUCAAGCGUUCGUGGCUCAAAUGGAGCACCGCUACUCGUCAGUUCUGCGAGCCGAUCUGGAGCAGAUCUUUACAGAGACAUAUUUCACCUACAGCUACCCUUGGUGCCCUGUACUUGAUCGUCAAAAUCUAUCAAACGAUGUGGCAAGAUCUCCAUUGCUUGCUAAUGCCCUUGCACUGGCUAGCAGUCACAUCCAGCCCCCUCUGUUGCCACAUGAUGGACCGGAGGUCUACUACAAACGAGCUCGGACGAUCUUCUACGAGGAUGAAGAAGCCGACGAAAUGACUGCUCUCAAAGCACUCUGUCUAUUCUACUGGUGGGCGCCUCAGUCACCAUCGCGAGUACAUCGUCACAGCUCUUGGUGGUGGACAUCGGUCAUCAUUCGACAUGCACAACAAAUGAACAUACAUCGCGAGCCUGCUGUGGACGAUCCUAUUCGAUCUCGUAUCAAUCUUGGGCUACGACGCCGUAUAUGGUGGACCGUAUUCGCCCGAGAGCGACUGACCUCUCUCUGUCAAAGCAAACCCACUAUCAUAGAUCCCGAUGAUUGUAGCAUCCAGCAACCGACCUUGGCCGACUUUCCGGCUGAUGCACAAAGCCAGCAUCAUGGUGAAUUGUUCAUUUACUGGGUUCGACUAAGUGCAAUCAUCGGGCGCAUUGCCAAAGUCUUGCUGCAGUCUAGCGACAAAUCUACACCACUACCCAACGAGCUCCGGGAGGAACUUGUCACCUGGGUCCAUUCACUCCCGCCUCGCUUGCGCUUGCAUAUUGACACUCCACGGACGGAACAUUUUGACCGCGACGUACAUCAACUGCAUCUUUUCUAUCUUACGACCAUCAUAGUUCUCCACCUAAAACGCUCUGAAGGACAACUACCACAGGCCUUGCCACCAGCUAUCCUCGCAGCGUCGUGCACUGCGAGGAUUCUCAGGGACAUUCUCGCGCGCGGCAAUUCCCGUUUUCUCAUGGCCAUCACAUGCUGGCAUUCUGCCACAGCUUUCAUCGCACUUUUACAGGCUUGUCGAAUACAACACCUUAGCAAAUCCGCGAACGAAGAUCUGGAUAUUCUCGUGAUUGCAGCCAAAGAGUUGCAUAAAAUGUGGGCAUCAGCCAAUGUCAUCACACAAGGCUUCGAAAGGCUUCGGAAAGCCGAUGCAACAAGCAACUCUUUGAACACGGGCGUUCAGUUGGAUGGUAUGCCAAUUCACACCACACCAGAUGGGAUGGCAAAUCGCAACUCUGGCACGACUGGAGUUGAUGUCAACGAUGAUGACGGCUUCGAUUGGAUGCGUUUCUUUCCGUUUGUGUCAAAAUCGACCAAUGGCAUCGCCGAAAGUUUGGUUACCAGAAAGGAACAGGGAACAGCAACAACAGGCUUUCCGUCGCCAAAUAACGAGGUGUUCCAUGAUACCCUUCGGGCGCAGUAUCAAGAUCUGUUUGAUCCAUUCACAGAUCAGGUUCUAUGGUAUAAUUUUCCCUGAGACGAUCAGACCACUAUGACUUGGGCGGUACAGGCCUUUCCGCUUUCAAGUAUGUCCUUUUAUCAACUGUUUUUUUCCUCUUCCUUGUACACACGGACUUUGUAAUCGUCCCGCCACUUGUCUUCGAUAAUGACCAAUUGAGUGUCCUGUGUCCGCUUGAAGUAUCCCCCGUGUCCGUCAUUCUCGGUAUAAUCAUCUUUAUCGAUGUCCAUAUAUCCUUCUUUGGCCCUGGAUCUGGGUGUGAUCAUCAGGCUCCUUCCUUCGAUGCGUCAGCAUUCAAUGUGUCAAAUUGCGGCGUUGGCCUGACUUACCAUUCACCGAUUUGUCACUCGC